AUGCUCAGCGCCGCUCUUCGGAGGCGAGCUCUCGCUCCAACGCGCUGCGCCCUGCGUGCGGGCUUCACCCCCCAUGUCGUGCGGUACUACGCCUCCUUCCCGGACCACCAGGUCGUCAAGAUGCCCGCCCUGUCGCCCACCAUGCAGGCUGGCAACAUUGGCGCCUGGCAGAAGAAGCCCGGCGACUCAAUUGCCCCCGGCGAUGUCCUGGUAGAGAUUGAGACAGACAAGGCCCAGAUGGACUUUGAGUUUCAAGAAGAGGGCGUCAUUGCCAAGAUCCUCAAGGAAUCGGGCGCCAAGGACGUCCCCAUCGGCAGCCCCAUUGCCGUGCUCGUCGAAGAGGGCACCGACCUCUCCGCUUUCGAAAAGUUCACCCUCGAGGACGCCGGCGGCGAUGCGAAGUCGGCGCAGCCCAAGGAGGAAAAGUCGGAAUCGCAACCCAACGAGGCUUCCGCCCCUGAACCUUCCCCCGAGCCCGAACAGUACGCCCCCUCCGAGGGCAAGCUGCAGACUGCACUCGACCGUGAGCCCAAUGCCUCCCCGGCAGCCAAGCGCAUUGCGCGGGAAAAGGGCAUCAGCCUCGACGGCGUCAAGGGCUCCGGAAAGGGUGGCAAGAUCACCGAAGAGGACAUCAAGAAGCUUUCCAGCAGCCCAGCCGUCGCCUCGCCCGGCGCCACCUUCGAAGACAUCCCCAUCAGCGGCAUGCGCAAGACCAUUGCCAGCCGCCUGCAGGAGUCUGUUCAGAAAAACCCCCACUUCUACGUCACCAGCUCCAUCUCCGUCUCCAAGCUGCUCAAGCUGCGACAGGCUCUCAACAGCUCGGCCGAGGGCAAGUACAAGCUGUCCGUCAACGACUUUUUGAUCAAGGCCAUGGCCGCCGCGUGCAAGAAGGUCCCCAUGGUCAACUCAAGCUGGCGCGACGGGAGCAUCCGUCAGUUCAACACGGUGGAUGUCUCGGUUGCUGUUUCAACGUCUUCUGGCUUGAUUACGCCCAUCGUCACUGGCGUCGAUGCCCGAGGCCUCGAGUCCAUCUCGACCAAGGUCAAGGAACUGGCCAAGAAGGCUCGCGAGAACAAGCUCAAGCCCGAGGAGUACCAGGGCGGCACCAUUUCCAUCUCCAACAUGGGCAUGAACAAUGCCGUCGACCACUUUACUGCCGUCAUCAACCCUCCCCAAGCCGCCAUCCUGGCCGUGGGCACCACCAAGAAGGUUGCUGUCCCCGUCGAGAGCGAGGACGGCACGACGGGCGUGGAGUGGGACGAACAGAUUACAGUCACGGGCAGCUUCGAUCACAAGGUUGUUGACGGUGCCGUCGGCGCCGAGUGGAUCCGCGAGCUGAAGAAGAUCAUCGAGAGCCCUCUGGACCUCCUUCUCUAA